AUGGCCGAUACAUUACACGAUUAUAACGGGCUUGCCUCAACAGCGCCUCGGUCGGUUCGCAAGAAGUUUGCUAAACCGCCAGUUAAGGUAGCAUGUCUUCCCUGCCGGGCUUCGAGAACAAGAUGUGGCGGCCAGAUGCCAUGCGCGAAUUGUGUUAGCAAAGACAGAGAAUGUUCUUAUUUACCCAGCAAACGAGGCGGGCCACGCAAAAAGAAGGAAAAGUCCUCGCUGUCGCCAGAACAUGCAUCGAGGCGAGAUGAUACCUUGUAUAAUACUAUCCCUUCACCCCCGGAGUUUGAAGAAGCACCGGGGAUGUUCAAUCAAAUUGAUGAACUCUCUCUGCCUGGCGCAGGUUUGAGGCAUCUAGAUUUCCAAUCCGAUGUUCCCUCCAUGUUCCAGAACUUCUUCACUGGCGAUGGUAGUCAGUCGCACAUGCAAGUGCCCUUGAUGUCACCGCCCCCGAACAGUACUCAACCUUUCGUAAGAACCUAUGGAAGCGAGCCCGAAAUAUUGAAUGCCUAUUAUGACUUCAUUCAUAACUAUUUUCCCAUUCUUCCGCCACGGGCAUCACCACCGUGCCGAGAUCGACCAUUGAACUGCCCUGUUCCAUGUUCCACUGCAUCUGAACCGAUGAUGAUGUAUCGGCCACGUUCGCCUCUAAGUCUUGCACUGUCUGCAAUCUUGGCUUUGGUUCCGCACCCAAGUGAUCUUGAGCCGUCGUCUGCAGCGUCUGUACUCCAGCGUAGAACAUACUCGCAUGCUUUCGCCCAACUCGCCAAUUCAACAAUCGAAGCGGAGUGUGAUCUUGAUCUGUCUUCAACUGAUCCCGGCCAAGCAUUGUCUGCUGCACGACCUUUUGUUGGGCGGGAAAGAUUCCACUCGCAGGCUCCUGUGGACAAUGAGAGCCUCCUGGCUCUCCUAGUGCUUUCAGUUUAUGAAUACGCCCAACGUGGUAACUUACUCAAGAUGCGAUACCGUGCUGGUCAAGCUCUCGCAAUUGCUUUGGACAAGUCACUUCAUGCUGAAAUGGGGAAUGAUGAAUUUUCGGAAGCUCGACGGAGAGCCUGGUGGAUGACGUAUUAUUGUGUCAUUCAAGGAUCUAUUGUUAGCACAACGAUGCCUGCUAUCGUCAUUAAUGACCCGCAGUUCACGACUCCAUAUCCAUCGUUUUCAUCAGAUGCCGAGGGUUGGUCUAUCUUGAUACAAGCCCAACAAGUGCUUGUAUCGGCAACCCAGUUUAUUGGUGAUCUGAACAAAUGCCUUUCAUCCCAAUCAGGGAUGUACUAUAUGUUCGAACGAAUGCAGCAACUUGAUUCCUGGACCCACUCCGUGAUUGCCCAGGCGGAGCUACUCCCCCUUCUACCCCAAACAUCAGAUUUCGGCGAUCACAACGAAACAAUUACAGCCCAAAGCAUACGUGCAAUAUCCCGAAUCAAACUAUCCAGCGCACAAAUAAAAACGCACCGCUUCCGAGCCUUCUCCGACAUCCCCAUCUUCAUAAAAAGACAUUGCGACCUGACAGCAGCAAAUCCAACCACCACCACAGCACCCGUCAACACAAAACCCACCGGCAUCAACAACAUCUCCUGCUCUUGCUCGAACCUCAACUCCUUCGAACGAGCAUCAUCAACAGAAUACAUGACCCCAUCCGAUUCCUCAACCUCAUCAGACAUUCACACCGACAUCCACCCAUACGCACCCCAGUACGCGUAUCCAUUCGCCUCCGGCUUCCCCUACAGCACGCAGCAAUCCGCGAAAAUCUGUCUUCAAGCCUCCCUCGUCAUCUCCCGCAUGUUCCACAGCCUGCCCGUCCCACAGCCUCUCACAGAUCCAGGUCGUCCAUUGCCACGGACCAUGCCCUCAUUCGCAUGCUGUCUCAUGCAAAGUAGCUACGCUAUGUUCAUGAUCUAUUACAAGGCAACCGUAGCGAAGCAGCUUGCACCCAACACCUCUGAGCACGAGCAUGGCGAAGACUCGACCGAUCACCUCAUUGACGAACUACGACAGGGCUUACAGCGGAUCAUUGGGGCCGUGUCUAAUUAUUCGCUUGCUUUCGAGGCUUUGGAUGGGAUGAGAGAUGAAAUCGAGGGUGCAUAUAAAACGGCGUUCCCAUCAGCAUCUGUUUAA